UCUGCCGGCGUUCACACGCCUGCCUCAAUUCCUUACUGCGACCUUUGCUUCUUCGGGUUCUCCUCACUCCAGAAUCGCCUCUUUAGAAAUUCACUUAAUCUCUGGCUUUCCCAUUCCCACACCCUCUCACUGAUUAGUUUCUUGCACCACUGGAAGUUGAAAAAUUCUGCAGAGAGGAAAGGAAGGGGCUGUAGUAGAAACAAGCAAAGCUCAUUCCCUGGAGGGCCUCCUGAAAAAGGGUAAUUGCCGGCCUUAGGUCGGCUACCAAAAUAAGUAAUUUUCCUCCCACCCUCAGAGCUUCAGUUGCUCUUUCACUUCCCAAUUCCACAAGAGCACUGGGCGGCAGAAUUAUGGAGAAGCGCCUGCAGGAGGCUCAGCUGUACAAGGAGAAAGGGAACCAGCGUUACCGGGAAGGGAAGUACCGAGAUGCUGUGAGUAGGUACCAUCGAGCUCUGCUUCAGCUGCGGGGUCUGGAUCCAAGUCUGCCCUCCCCGAUACCUAAUCUAGGACCUCAGGGCCCGGCUCUCACACCUGAACAAGAAAACAUACUGCACACCACCCAGACAGACUGCUACAACAAUCUAGCUGCCUGUCUCCUUCAGAUGGAGCCAGUAAACUACGAACGAGUGAAAGAGUACAGUCAGAAAGUCCUGGAACGACAACCUGAUAAUGCCAAGGCCUUGUAUCGGGCCGGAGUGGCCUUUUUCCACCUGCAGGACUAUGACCAAGCUCGGCAGUACCUCCUGGCUGCUGUCAAUAGGCAGCCAAAAGAUGCCAACGUCCGGCGGUACCUCCAGCUAACACAGUCAGAACUCAAUAGCUACCACCGAAAAGAGAAGCAGCUCUACAUGGGCAUGUUUGGUUAAGAGAGAAGAAUGGUGCUUCUUCACUUGAACUUAGGUGAACCAUUAAAGACCCAUCAAGUGAAACCUGAGCCUCACAAGAGAAAUUAACCCCAUACCUCCGACCCAGGUGGAUUUCUGUCUAGUUUCUAGUUGUGCACAAACUCUUAACUGCUUACACAGUCUGCCUUUUUUAGUUUGUCUAUAUAUUUGUAUAGCUUUAAAUACAUGGUAUUCCUGGGGACAUUUGCCCUGAGAAGUAACAACCAGAAAACAUUCAUCAGUGAUGGGUGGAAUUAACGACAUCCUUGGCACAGACUUCAAUGAUUAAUAUUGUUGGAUAUAUUCAUGCACAGAGAGGACUAGCAGAGGAGGAAAUGAUGAUAGAAAGGAGUUUCUUCCUCUCGUUUCCUCAGAUGUGCGAAGCCAGAGUUACACAGGCCAUAACUGGGCGAUAUAUAUCUUUUGUGAAACUAGACAAUUAUAACUUGGGCCCGUAUGUCUUAAAAUGAAAGAUUGGAAAUUAACUAUGUUUGAGGAAAGUAAUUCCUUAUUCUUCUUAAUAUUCCACACACAUUCAGAGUUUUUCCCCCUCUACAAAAGUAUCUGGUUCCUGUUGUUUCUCUUGGUAAUUUCUAGUUGUUGCUGUUGUUUAUAUUCAGCUCAUUGAUAUAGUAGACUUAAUUUUUCGUUAAACUCUUCUAUUUAAAGAUCUCUGGAGUCAAGUGUUUAAGUAUUUGCUAACCCUUCAGCCGUCAUGCUACAAAAACACCCAAAUAAACAUUUUAAUUUUUAAUAAGUGCAUAGCUAUAGUACACUUGUCUCUCUAAAGCACUUAGAAAGACAGAUUGCUAAGUCUUCUAGGAACAAUACCAUAAAAAAGCAGAAUGAAAACAUAAAUCCGUUCUUUGCCUGUCACCUUGUAUUUUCCCAGAGCACGGUUCUUUUACAGAGGAGGAAAACAGUGAGGAAAGGUUCUCCUUUCUUAGUGCCUUUUAAGCCCUCUUUAAAACUUCCUGGAAGCUGUGUUGGGCCUGAGUUCAGGCUGCCGACCUGAGGCAGUCAGGGCUCAGCAGGGGGCUCCAACCGCGGGCGCUCCCCUGCCAUUCUGCUCACUUGCUAGGAACACUGUCUGCAAUGUGUGAGUCCUAUGGAGUAGACGACACCGUAUGGCACUGCCUCUGCCUUUAUGAGUGGAGGUGAUAACGAUAAGCGUGUGUUGUUAGCCAUCAUGUAACCGCAGGCAGAUUUCAGAAAGAAAAACCUUUGUCUUGCCAAAUGUUCAAGUUCUGCUCCCUUUAUCAGUAACGCCUUGUCUCCCAAUGAACUAGGCUCCUCUUUAUGUGUCCCCAUACCCUUAAAUAAGGCAACCAUCAGCGUACAACAGAAGGUUUUUCUAAUAAUCUUAAUGAAGUGCAAGGAUAGAACUAACAAAAGUAGAAUAUUUUAUUCUUCUUCCAAGUCUCUUAAGUUUCUAAGUCUAGAUUGUUGACAAAAUUUUGUCACCAUUGCAUUUUUGGUUUGUUUUGGGCUUGUUUUGCUUUCUGAUUUUGUGUGUGUGUGGUUAUUUUUCCCCCCAAGACUUAAUGUUAUAGUGAGCUAUCUUCUGCAUCAA